AUGAACUGCAACUGCCCGGUGACGCAGCCGGGGCCUACACUGGCCAGCACUUGCGGCGGUUCUUCUUUCAUGCUGUUCAUGGGUCUCUUGGAGGUCUUCAUCCGUUCCCAGUGUGACCUGGAGGACCCGUGUGGACGGCCAGUUUCUCGAGGCGUCCCCGAUAGAGAGUACGACUUCAUCGUAGUAGGUGCGGGCUCUGCAGGCGCGGUCGUGGCCAGCAGGCUCAGUGAAGUGCCUCACUGGCGGGUCCUGCUGGUCGAGGCGGGAGGCAACGAACCCACGGGAACACAGGUUCCGUCCAUGUUCCUCAACUUCUUGGGCACUUCCAUCGACUGGGGAUUCAGGACGGAGCCGGAAGACAUGGCAUGUCUUGCGGAGAACGAGCGGCGGUGUUACUGGCCUAGAGGAAAGGUUAUUGGAGGAACGAGUGUCCUCAAUGGCAUGAUGUACAUGAGAGGCAGCAGGAAGGACUUCGAUGACUGGGCGAAACUAGGGAACACUGGAUGGGCGUACCAAGACGUUCUACCUUACUUCCUCAAAUCAGAGGACAACCUGCAAGCAGACAUGAUGGACCCUGGUUUCCACGGUGUGGGAGGAUACUUACCCGUCACCCAGUUUCCAUACCACCCUCCACUUUCCCAUGCCAUACUGCAGGCAGCUAUCGAGUUGGGCUACCCUGUCCGUGACCUUAAUGGUGUGUCUCACACAGGGUUUGCCAUAGCUCAGACAACGAGUAAGAACGGUUCUAGGUUCAGUUCAUCUCGAGCUUUCCUCCGUCCUGUUAAAGAUAGACCUAAUUUGCAUAUUAUGCUCAACACAACUGUAGCUCGUGUUCUCGUCGAUCCCAAUAAGAAACAGGCAUAUGGAGUAGAAAUUAUCAGAGGGGAUGGAGGGAGGGAGAAUAUAUUGGCAAAAAAUGAAGUAGUUGUAUGUGGGGGGGCAGUUAAUUCCCCUCAAAUCCUUCUUUUGUCAGGAAUUGGGCCUCAAGAAGAUUUGACCAAAGUUGGAGUACCUGUAGUCCAUCACCUUCCAGGAGUUGGGAGAAACCUUCACAAUCAUGUGGCCUACUUCAUGAGAUUCUUCAUCAAUGAUACAUCUACAACACCCCUUAACUGGGCUACAGCUAUGGAAUAUCUUCUAUUCCGAGAUGGCCUUAUGUCAGGCACCGGUCUUUCAGACACUACUGGUUUUAUCAACUCCAAGUUCGCAAAUCCUAACGACGAUCACCCGGAUAUUCAAUUCUUUUUCGGUGGCUUCCUUGCAAACUGUGCUAGGACUGGGCAAGUCGGUGAGAGAACUGGUGAUGCAAUGAAUACUACAGGACCUCCACCACAAAGAGAGGUGAAUAUUAUUCCUGCAGUGCUACAUCCAAAGAGUCGCGGAUUUCUUAGAUUAAGAGACAAUAACCCUCUUUCACCUCCGAUGAUCUUUGCGAGGUACUUGACAAACCCCGCCGAUGUAGCCACAAUGAUAGAAGGAAUAAAGUUUGGUAUCAGACUCUCGGAGACUCAGGCUUUGCAAAAGUACGGUUUCAGAAUGGAUACAACUCCAGCCAUGGGGUGUGAAAAUAUUUCCUUCGGUUGUGACGCCUACUGGGAGUGCGCAAUCCGCAGAAACACUGGUCCAGAGAAUCACCAAGCUGGCAGCUGCAGAAUGGGACCUUCUGGUGAUCCUGGUGCCGUGGUAGAUCCUGAACUUAGAGUUCAUGGAGUGGACAAGCUGAGGGUUAUUGAUGCCUCUGUCAUGCCCAGUGUAACUUCCGGCAACACCAAUGCACCAACAAUAAUGAUUGCAGAAAAAGGAUCAGAUUUGAUUAAAAGCAGAUGGAUUGGGAAACAACUCUGGACCAAAUGGUGACAGAAUUUGCCAAAAUUGUUAGCAGGAAUUCCUACUAAUACUUGUAAUCUUGGAUUAUGAGAACUUUUAGAAUAAGUAUGUGAUGUAAUUUCACUGCUACAGCCAAAAUCUCUUUUAUAAUUAAAUAAUGUUUUAUAGGAAUAGCCAGUUUUUAAGUCUUGUACCAUAUUUUGUACAUAAUUGAAAUGAAUGUUAGGGUGAUGUGAGACUGAUUGAAUGAAUGUUGGCUCCCUUUGGCUUAUAAAUAUUUUGAGGCCAAAUAAUAUUUUUGACAAAACACAUUUCAUUCGAAGUUUUCAAAGUUCUCCAAAACUAAAUUGUUUGAAUUCCAUAAGUAUUCUAUUUUUAGUGAACAGAUUGCAAUGAUAAACAGCAAUGUCUAUUUUCAAAUUUAUUUAACUUGUACUGAAUACUAUACAAAUAUUCGUUAAAUUAAUAUUGUGGAAUAUUAUAGGUCCUUUGUUUUACUCUUCAACAAAUGAAUGUGAUAGUUGUCAAGAAAAUUAUUUAUAACUAAAAAUAAAAAGAUACUAACAAACUUUUAAAGUUUGAAUUAAAACGUUUAAAAUAAUGUCUAAUAAUGCUCUUCAUUUGAAGUUUGUUUUUGACAAUGGAAG